CCGCCCCCUGUCGGGGUAGACAAACACAAGUAAACUUCGUUAUCUGCAAAGUAUAUUCAGGUCGCUUGCGUGUCCCGACUUUCUCAUCCACACACCGCAGGUCGAGAUGGCAUCAGGCUUGGGAAAUCUGAUGGGCAAAGUGGCGCUAAUUUCUGGUGCCAGCUCUGGCAUUGGGGCAGCCACAGCCAUUCUUUUUUCCAAGCUUGGUGCUUCCCUAGCUCUAGCAGGACGCAACGAAGAAAAUUUGCAGAAGGUGGGCAGUCAAUGCCAAAAGACUACACCCUUGCUGCUCGCUGGUGACUUGAGCUGCGAGGAAGACACAAAACGAAUUUUAAAUGAGACUAUCAAACAGUAUGGAAAGCUGAACAUUCUGGUGAACUGUGCUGGCAUAUUAGAAUCAGGUUCCAUAGAAAACACUUCCCUGGAGCAGUUUGAUCGUGUUUUUAAUGUCAAUGUCAGGUCAAUUUACCACCUGACAAUGCUAGCUGUCCCUCACCUUAUUGCCACCAAAGGGAACAUAGUCAACGUCUCUAGUGUCAAUGGAAUGAGAUCGUUUCCAGGUGUGCUAGCCUACAAUAUGUCCAAGAGUGCUGUUGAUCAGUUCACCCGUUGUGUAGCAUUGGAACUAGCACCUAAGCAAGUCAGAGUGAAUGGAGUAAACCCUGGGGUGACCAUCACAGACCUUCAUAGACGAGGAGGAAUGGAUGAAGAGAAGUAUCAAAAGUUUCUGGAACACUGCAGAAAUACACAUGCACUUGGACGACCUGGAGAAGCAGAAGAAGUUGCCCGAGCAAUUGCUUUUCUGGCAUCAGAAGAUGCUUCCUUCAUAACUGGUGCCUCCGUUCCAGUUGAUGGAGGUCGCCAUGCAAUGUGUCCACGCUAGAUAUCAGUAUUCAGAUACUGUAAUCACAGUUUAUCGAGCUCAAACCAAAUGUGAGCUUAGUUCUUCUAGGUCUUUGUAAGAGAGGAUUAUUCAGAUGGAAAAUGACUACUGAUUCCUUUACUCGGGUAAUCCAUGCCCCUUUGGAUGAUUUGAUAUGUGUUCACUUCUCACAAGUACUGUGAGGAAUAUAUCUCUAAGAGGGAUUCAUAUUUUCCUAUUUAUCAUCCAGCUUUAUGAUGGUAACUGCUUAUGAUUUAUAAUAUUAAUAAAUAUCUAAAAAGUGUAUUCAAGGCUUUGUCACCAUGUCUGUGCAAUGCUUGAAUGUAAUAUUUUUAUGAAUGGAGUUAAAUUUCAAUAUGUUUGUAAAUAAAUCUCAUGUCAUUCUG